AGGUGGGGGCAUACGUAAAUCAUUUAGAAUUUUUGAUGUAUAUCGAGUUUGAGGGACGACUUGUGUCUGUACAAAAAAAAAUAGGUAGCACCAGAAGCUUGUUUUCCAUAUCUACAGUUACAAAACAUUUAAAGCAUGUUUGAUUUACGUGAGUGUCAUGAGAUAAUUGGGAUUAGUGGAAGAGUUAAUAGUCUAGAAGACUUUUUUUGUGUGAAAAGCCAUGGAGUUUGUAAUUGAACAACUCUUUACAUGUUUUUCCUACCUAACAGAAGUAAAAGCCUCUCUUAAUCAUGAUAACAACAUUACUAUCAUUAUUAAGAAAAUGUUUAUGAUGUGGAAAGUUCCGUUGAGAUGAGUUGUAGAAGUCUAAAGCUUCAUUUGUUGCUGUAUAAUUUGUUGUCAAACCUAAUAAAGAGGAAUCGUGUGUUUUCUAAUGGCUGAUCUCAUGGGAAAAAAGGUUAAUAGUGCAUUUACAGUUCAAACAACCUAUCAGUCUUAAAUAAAUUGCAAUAUUAAAACCUGUAACAGUGAGAGUUAUCUUGUGUCUAUUUCAUAACUUUUGUAAAUAAAUUGUAAUGCGAAACAUGUUUCCUUUUCAGUUUCUAAAGUACAAAGCUACAAACAGAGUGAUAAAACCAUAAAAGUUGGAACUAUUGAAAUGUGAUUUACAGUGCAAAGUACUGACCAAAAUAGACUCUCCUCUACGUUUUUUCUAUCCAAAUGUAUAUUUAUAUAACAGUUUUUUUCAAAAACUAAUACGGACACGACCGUCCUCGGAAUGUAUCAUUCCACAUUAUACCGUAAAUUGCGUUAUGGGAAUUCUGAUUUGGGAGAUGUGUAGAACCUGAAUUUUUUACCAUUUGAUGUUUUGAGAGUGGUACAAGUUAUGGCGGGUUCAGAUGCGGAUACUGGUAUCAGUGACGAUUUAUCUACUCAACUCAAGCAUGAAGAAGCAUACCAGUGUAAGUACAAUUGUAUUCGUAUUGUGCUGGAAUUUUUAGGUUAUUCUUUUUCCAUUUAUUAGAAGUUUACUGAAAAUAACUGAAGAACAAGAAUUUAAGUAGGCAAAAUAUUUCUGAGUAAUACUUUCAACAUUAUCUAACAAGUCUUAUUUAAUAUUAGUAUUAAUAAUAUUCAAGAAACUUCAAUAGCGGUCACUAUUGUCUUUUAUUGUUUCGCACGCAAGUUUAUCUUCAGGUCGUUUUUUCAACCUAGAGGAAAACUUCGUCGCUAAGAAGUCGUCUUGAAUAUAGAUUAUUUCCUUAAAAAAUGUAGGGCAUUCGACAUCCUUCUUUGUUUUGUGCUUUGGUCGGGAAUGCAUGAGCUUUGACCAUAGCCUGGUGAGUUUUGUUAGAAGCUUUUUACCAUUGUUUGGCAGAUGGGUUCGUACAUAAUAACAUUUUGAUGUACGUGAAUCGAGUUUGAGGGAAGACCUGUUUCUGUACAAAAGCCUGGUGAGUUUGUUAAGCUUGUUUUCGAAAUCUGUAACUAUAAAAACUUUGGACGUGUUUGAUUUACGUGAGUGUUUUGAGAUUGAGAUAACUGAGAUUAGUGUGAUAACUAAUAAAGUCAAGAAGACAAAAUUUGUGAAAGCUGUGGAGUUUGCUUAUAUUUGUAAUUUUUUUUUCUAACAAUUCGAUUGCAUAUAUUUGUAAUUAAGCAGCAUUUUUCAUGCUUUUAUCACGAUAACAAAAUUAUUAUUAUUAAAAAAUGGUUACGAUGCGGAAAGUUCCUUGGAGAUGAGUUGUAUAGGUCCGAAAAGCUUAUGAUUUCUUGUUACUGUAUUAUUUGUCGUCACGCCUAAUAAUUAAAGAGGAAUCUGUGUGUUUUCUAAUGGCAGAUCCCACGGUCAAAAGCGUUACUAAUGCGUUCAAGCAACCUAUCGGUCUUCAAUAAAUUGCCAUACUAUGAGCCGUAACAGUGACAGUUCUCUUGUCUCUAUUUCACAACUUUUGUAAUGCGUGUUUCGUUCACAGUUUCUAAACAAAGCUACAAAACUACUACAAUAUUCACAAGAUGUAACUUUUCUCUAUGUAGACAUACAGAAAUCAAGCUAAACUACAAACAAAGAGUAAUUACCCCAAGUUUUUUCCUAUUAGUCUAAGUUUUUAGUACAAAUAUUUCCUAAGUAUUUCUCUGAAGUCCAAAACAUAGAUAAACAUCAAUUUUUAACCUUUUUACCAGAAAAAAACAUUUAAAUAGAAUUGCGUAUUUGGAUAUGCUACUCAUUUGAUUAAUCAAGUAGUAAAUGAUCGCGCCCGCAUUUUUCAACAGCGGUCCUUAUUGUUUUUAUUUUGUUAUUUAUUGUUUCGGACGUCAACUUUAUAUGCAUGUCGUUUAUUCAACUUAGAGGAAAACUUCGUUGCUAAGCAGUCCUCGUACGACGCAACGCGUCUUCUCUUCUUUCCUCUUAUAAACUCCAUUCAAACCUAAAAUCACAUCAACCUGUUCUCUCUCUCUCUCAUUUGUCUUCAACCUGUGAGAGCAAAUGGGUAAGAAGCUUGACGCUUUGCUUGGUCGGAGUUUCAAAACCAACAAGUUCAAGUCUCUUCUCAACUUAGCUCUCACGAGGCUCUCUAUCCUCAAGAACCAACGUCAAGUUAGAUGCUCUCAAGCCACCUCUGACGUCACCGAGCUUCUUAAACUCGGCCACCACGAGAACGCUUACCACAGAGUCGACCAAGUCAUUAAAGACCAAAACACCCUCGACGUUCUCUUCUUCAUCCACGGCUACUUCACUCUCUUGAUCGACCGUGUGCACCUCUUCGAACACAACAGAGACUGCCCUGAUGAGAUUCUUGAAGCUGUCUCCAGCUUGCUCUUUGCCGCUUCAAGAAUAGGAGAGUUUCCUGAGCUUCAAGAGAUUCGUAAUGUUUUGAUCUCGCGUUUUGGGAAAGAUAUGGCUGCUCGGUCCAUUGAGUUGCGCAGUAAUUGUGGAGUUAAUCCCAAAAUAAUUCAGAAGUUGUCGACAAGACAUCCACCGAGAGAGGUUAGAAUGAAGGUUCUGAUGGAGAUAGCUGCAGAGAACAACAUCGUUCUGAAACUAGAAGAAGCUUCUUCUACUUCCACCGAGCAGAGAACAUCAUCAGAAGUUUCUAAGGGUAAGUUAACAAGUGAAGAUGAAGAAGGUUACGAGUUAUCUGAUUCGGUAAAGAGAGGAAAGAAGAAGUACAAAGAUGUGGCUGAUGCUGCACAAGCAGCGUUUGAGUCAGCGGCUCAUGCAGCAGACGCUGCACGAGCUGCUGUGGAGCUUUCUCAGUUUUCUCCUCGUGGUGGGGGAAAUUCAUUUAGUGGUUCUGAAAACAAGAAAUCAGAACAAGAACGUAAUGAUGAUGAUUUUAGAGGAGGUGAGGUUGAUGCGAGGUCAGAAUCCAAGAGGUCUAUGUCAGAUUCAGAUGAAAUUAUUGAGGAUGUCCCAGUGAUGUCGUUUAGAGAAGACCCUGUGAAGUUGUUGGAGAAGGAUGUUGUUAUCUAUGAUAGUGAGGAAGAAAUCCAAUAUACUACUAAGCCCAAUACUACUACUAAUGUUAAAGAGAAGCAACAAGUUAUGGAUCUUCCAAAUAGAGCGGAUACAGGACAUGUGGACCACAUGGUUCACUCGGUUGGAGAUCCUUUUAUGCGUAAAGUUGGUUUGAAGGGUCCGGUUUCAGUCAGGACCAGACAGGUUCGUGGAUACUAAGAAGUAUAAGUUUUGUUAAUCAGGUGCAUCUUUGAUGACUGAGUUUUGUAUAAUAUUUUCUGUGUUUUUUUUUCUUGGUCAAGGGUGUAAGAAUAUUGUUUUUUUAAUGGAUAUAAGAUUUCAAUAACGUUGAAAAA